GGAAGAAGAGGGAAGGGGGCGGGCGAGGGCUUCCUCCCUCCUCUCCCUCUCUUUCCCUUUCUCUCUCUCUUUCUGGCCCCAUUCCCUCCUUCGGGCGGCGAGAGAGAGAGAGAGAAAGCGCCCUCGCCUCCGGGCCGGCAAAAUGGCGAUGUCGGCGGCGGCAACGGGGCGGGUUGGGGCGCAAGCGGGGGAGCCCCUGCUAUCCCCGGAGGAGGUCUCCCGCCGCCUGCGAGGGAUGCAUCGGGAGCUGAGCAACAGGCGCAAGGUCCUGCUCCGGAACCUGCCCGCCGAGAGCAGCAGCCAGGAAAUACAUGAUUUAUUAAAAGACUUCGAAUUGAAGUACUGUUAUGUUGACAAAAACAAAAGAACAGCUUUCGUUACUCUACUGAAUGGAGAGCAAGCUCAGAACGCAAUACAGCUGUUUCACCAACAUACUCUUCGAGGGAAAGAAAUAUCAGUACAGCUUCAACCAACUGAUGCUCUACUCUGCAUUACUAAUUUACCCACCUCCUAUACAUUACAAGAGUUUGAAGAGUUGGUCCGGCCCUAUGGCAACAUUGAGAGACAUUUCUUGAUUUACAGCGAAGUUACUGGCUAUUCCAAAGGCUAUGGCUUUGUGGAAUACAUGAAAAAGGAUUCUGCCGCUAAAGCUAGGUUGGACCUUUUAGGAAAACAAUUAGGUGGAAAUGUCCUCUUUGCACAAUGGAUGGAUGUUAACCAAUUAACUCCAAAACUGAUACAUUCAAAGUGUCUAUGUGUAGAAAACCUCCCUAUAGACUGCACCGAUUCAAACGAUCUGGUGCAAACAUUCUCAGCUAAACAUAAGCUUGUCUUCUAUCAGCUUGCCCAGGAGGAAGAUAGCUCUGUUGGUGGCUUUGCAGUCGUUGAGUAUGAAACAGCAGAGCAGGCAGAGGAAGUCCAGCAAAGCACAGAUGGUUUAACUAUCAAAGGGAAGAGUGUGCAUGUGUCAUACUGUGCUCCUGGAGCCCCAGGACGCAGCACACUUGCGACACUUAUAGCAGCACAGCGAAUGAUGAGGAACAACAGAAAGGGCUUGCUUCCAGAGCCAAAUGCAGUGCAGAUUAUGAAAAGCUUAAACACCCCAGCAAUGCUGCAGAUGUUACUACAACCUCAAUUACACGGAAGUCUUAACAAAUUUGUCCUUGGCGCUCCUGUGACUGUACCCCAUGUUGUAUCCCCAUUCGCCCCAGCAUUUGUACACUUGAAUAAAGUUCAUCAGGGACCAAUUCCUGGAAAUGCAUCCAGUUUGAUGUUACAGAAUCUCUCUCAUCUACAACUGGCACAACUAACGAAGACUGAAAAUAUUCAUACUAACACUAAACCUAGCUUACUUGGAGAGCCUCCAGCAGUUCUGCUUCAGACAAUGCUAGGAAUGGGGGCUGCGCCACAAGUAACUGCAGACAUUGGGAGCCAUGGAGAAGCACGCAAUUUAUCAAAUACGGCUCAAACACCGGUCGCAACAGGGAUGGGCAUGAUGCCAUUCUUCCCAAGUCAGCACGUGGCUGGCCAAGCGAUGCCGAGGCCAAACAGCGCACAGGAGAAGCUGCCACCUGGAGUGGGGCUGACAGAAGGCACUGGCUCUGGAUCACAGCCGUAUCGGCCGAGCUUGACAAAUGCCACUGCUGGAGGCCUGAGAGCGGGACAUCUCACACCACAGAGCCAGCCAAAGAGCGUGGACUCUGCCCUGGGGAAUUCUUUGAAAAACCAGACCUCUCUGCUGGGAGAUCCUCCCAAAGAAAUCCACCUUAGUACAAAUCCCUACUUGAACUUGGCCAGUGUGCUGCCGUCUGUGUGCCUUUCGGCCAUGAGCAACAAGGCCAGUAAUGCUAAGCAGCAAGCUGGACUUUCAAAUACCUCCUUCGAUACGGCAGCUGCUCCCGGAAGCACUUCGCAGCAAACGGUGGACAACUAUUUCAGCUAUUCGCCUCAAUACGGAGAUUACACACAGGAUUCUCUCCAGCAGUGGUAUCAACAGUACGCACAGGCAUAUCAUACCAUUCAGUCUAGAGUAGGAGAAUUAGAAAAUGAUGGCACAGAGGAAUCUGAUGGGGCUGUUUAUGGGGACUACAGUACCUACCUGCAGGUCAUGCCUUCUUAUUAUGCUACCACUCAAGCAUCCUUCCCUCCAGGCGUCUUGCCACUUACACCUCAAAAUCCACUGAAGAUGGCACCAAUCAGAAGUGAAAAGCGAGGCUCUUCGUACCUCAUCUCCACUCCGGAAGAGAAUCCUGUGGAAUAUGUGGGCCAACACGCUCAGGGCUCGGGAGUGCAUUACGCAGAAUUGUAUCUUAAAAGAAAACGUGUUUAUUGACAUCACUAUCUUGCUUGUAGACAAAGUCACUUCAUACUAUUCUUACCAUCCAUUUUCUUCACUUUCAAUAAGUAUUGUAGAUAUUUUUUUUAAAAAAAUCUAUAUAGGAAGUUCAUUUUUCUAAGGAAAACUUAUAUGUAAUAAGCAAGAGGGGGGUGGAUGUUACUCCCCAGACUAGAUUGUAUCUGCUGGAUGACAAUUAAAUUUCUUUAAGAAAUGGCAG